AUGACUACUCUGUAUGAAAAGCUCAAUUUGCCGUUCGGGAUCGGUUAUACCUGGAUUGGUGCAAUGAUAAUCCUAUUCGUCCGGUACGUUAUCAAUCGUGCACUCAGGAGACGUGGCCAGGAGUUCAUGAGAUAUACGGCGAUGUUGGACAGAGCGAUGAAUCCAAACGGUGUUAAUAAGAAGGGUGCUCAGUACGUCUACACGGAUGAUGAUACAAGCAGUGAUUCUGAUUGA